CCGGGAUACAGCUGGUGGUAAAAAUUUUGGCGGGAUGUCAAGAAAAUAAACAAUUUUGUUGGGAAAAAGGACUGCUUUAUAGACCCAAAAAUAGCACUUUUUAUUCUAAUAAAUAUUGAAUUGUGCAUUAAUUAAUUUUAUGUAACGUGGACAUGAAUGAAAAAAGUGAUACUAGUGAUAUGAAUGAAGAUAUCCAGAAAAAUGCUGAAGAAGGACAAUUACCUCAAGAGGAGAAUGCAAAAGGCUCCUCUCCGGGACUUUCUCAAUCCGAGAACAAGGACACAAGUUCUAAAGAAGCUGGGAAGGAAAUGGACUAUUCUUCAGGCGAAGAAUCCGACGAAGAUCUUGGAACAAGGAGGAAGAAACGUGCCCAAAUUCUGAGUGAUAGCUCUGACGAUGAGAAUGAUGAAAGCCUGAGGAAUAGCAUCUUGGCUCCUGUAGAAAACCACGAAGAACUGAGUAAUGAUAAAUCUUCUGAGCAGAGCGAUACAGCUGGGAAUGAAGAUUCAAAUGAGGAAGAAAAAGUGGACAAAUCGGAAGCCCUGCAAGAUGAAGACUCAAAUAGUAAUUCUGAGGAUUCUGCAAACAUAGAAAAAUCCAAAAAGAAAACCAAGACUGGAAAAGAAUCUUUAACGGAGGAAUUGGAAGAAAACCAUGAACUCAUUGAGAGCAGGGAUGAAGAGAUUGGGUUAGCAAAAAAAAAGAAACGUGUCCAAAUUCUAAGUGACAACUCUGACGAUGAGAACGAUAUAACCAUGAAGAGUAGCAUCCUGGCUCCUGGAGAAAACCUCGAAGAACCUAGCAAUGACAAAUCUUCUGAUCAGAACAAUGAGUCAGACGGAAGUGCAGACAUUACCGAAGCACGAUACAGAAAAUUAAAAUUUCUCUGUGAUGAUGACUCAAGUGAAGAAGAAAAUAAUAAAGAAGAAACAGAGGAUAAUCAAUUGCAAUCCUUGCCAGAUGAAGAUUCACUAAGUAUUUCUGGAAAUGUUGAAGACAUAGGGAAAUCUAAAAAGAAAAAGAAAACCAAGUCAACUAAAAAAGAACGUAGGACAGAAAUUUCGGACGAAAACAAUGAACUCUCGGAAAACAGCGAUGAAGAAUUUUCCGAAGAAGUUCAGAAGAAAGGGAAAAGAAAGUCAAAAAAGCCAGACAAGCCGAAGAAACCUUCAAAAAAAGAAAGAGACGAAGUAUUCAGCAUGAUGCAGAGGAAUGCACGCGAGGAAACUAUUGAGAUUCCUUAUAACAAGCCAGAACAGUAUGAUCUGAAGGAGUUCCUCAGUCGCCUUCAGCAGAAUAAAGUAGAACUUCCAAUUGAUAAGAAACUUGCUAAGAAAACAGGAAAAUUGGGAGCUUUGAAACGCGAAAAAAUAGUUCCAGACGAAGAUUUAGUGAAAACAAAUGAGAUCCAAGAAGUUCAUCAAAUAGAUCAAAUACAAAAACCAGAAAUUGCAAAAGAAGAUCAGCUUUCAGAACAACUAACAGAAAGUGAAUCUAUUGCAGACAAAGAUGAGAUAGAUCAGUUAGUAGCUGGAACUUCCAAAGAGACAGCACUAGAACCCCUAGAACCUAUCCAGAUUCCCAAGGAUGAAAAUAAUGUCAAGAGACUGAUUCUUCAUGGUGAUCCGAAUUCUGUGAUUGACUUAGAAUCGGGAUUAGUGGUUCCGAAGACCAAAUCCAAAGAAGUCCUUUUGAUCGAAAAGUGCCUUUCUCAGAAUGCAAAACCUCAUGGAGUUGCAAAGCCAGAGAUAAAGGUUGAAAAUUCUCCAGGAGUCGCCUAUAAAAACCUAAUGGAAAGCCUUUCUAAGGAGUUGCUGCGCAAAAAGAGAGAACAAAUGCAAAAGUACAUUGAAGAACAGGAAAAGAGUAAAAUUGUCAAUAUGGCAAAUAAUAUUGAUGAUGAGGCUGAAUUUGCCAGCGAUUUCGAUGAAGAUGAAAAUGAAAAGGACGAUGAAGAUAACAAUGACGGUGAAGAUGGAAAGGAAGAUCUGUGUAAUGAAAAUUCUGAAUUAAGAGAAGAUAAUGAAUUAAAUGAAGAUGAAACUGAGGAACAUGACAAAAAUGAGGUAAAUGAAGAGGAAUCUGAAGAUGAAAAUGAAGCAAACGAUGAAGACUCUGAUAGUGAAGAUCAAAGUUCAGAAAGGAAAAAGAAACUGAGGAAGAGAAUCGUUGUUAUGGAUGGUGAAGAUUCCGAUGAUGAGCAAUUAAAAGAUGAUCAUGGUGAAGAAAUGGUAUUGCCUAUGAUUCCAAAUGAGAAUAUUCUGCUUCCUAGCCUGGAACACAACACUUCAGUAACUGAAAGUCAAAUGGAGAAAGAUGAAAUGGAACUCUUUAAUCUAUGCACAGGAAACUUUGAAACACAAGCUCCUCCACAGUCGAUAAACCUAUCAGAUACUGGUUUAGACAAAAGUAUUGAAGAAUGUGCUAAAACUCAUGAAGUUGAGAAUGAAAUCUCAGCAGUUCCAAACUUCGAAUCUUCAGAUGAAGAAAAGACUUCCCAAGGGGUUCCGGUAAAGAAGAAAUGCCGAAAACCUCGGGUAUACCUUUCGGACGAUGAAGAACCGCAGCAAAAAGAUGAUGAAGAAUUUUCCAAGGAAACCGAAGAUCGGCAUCAAGAAAGUGAAGAAGAAUCUUCUAAAGAAGCUGAACAUGAAGAGCUCUCAGAAGUAGCUGAAAUAUCUGAUCAGGAGGAAUGUGAAGAUGCAGAGAAUAUCGCAUAUGAUUCUGAGGAGAAUGAGAUUGAUACUACAGCUGUUUCAGCUUUACCAACAAAGCCCAAGAUAAAGGUAUCUGAUUUCAUGGAAAGCGAGGCUGAAUUGUCAGAGUCCGAAUGGGGGAGUGCAGAUGAAGAUGAAAGAGAUCUGAACAAAUUUGAAGCAGAACUUGGGGAUGAGGAUCAAUUCGAUCAGGCUCAACUGCAAAGUGAACUAGAGCGGAUUCACAUGAAGAAACUCUUGGAUCAGGAUGCCAGAGAAGUGAAGAUGGUGAAAAAUCUGGUACUACACGAAGAAGAACGUGAAGGAAUGACUCGUGAGAGAACAUUCCGCUGGCUCCACGUGGACAAUGAUUUCAAUCUGAAUGGUGAUAACCAGGAUAACCAGCUCGAUGAGACCCGAGAGAGUGAUGAUGAAAAUGAAGAAGAAUGGCGGAAGAUCAGACACGAACGGAAUGUUAUGCUCAAGGAGAAGCUCCAGGGAGGCCUUACUAAUUUAUUCGAGACAAAGAAUGUGACAAUAUUGAAACCGAGCAUUCCGGAGCAUCCCAAAGAAGUCAAAGCUCCUACAUUUUUAGUCCCUGACCGAGAGAUUCUCAAUAAGAAAUCCCUUCUACUUCAAGAUGAGGAAUAUCUUGCCAGAUUGGCUGCGCUCACUUCUAAAACUUCCGACACCCUUGUCAAUGGAGCAACAGAAAAAGGGAGCUUUGUCUUCCGGCAACUAGCUAGACAGGAAGAAGACCCAGAACCUUCGGCUGGAAAACGAAAGCCUGAGAAUGCCCUUGCCCCGGUAAAAGGCAAGAAACGCAAGAAGACUUCCAUCUACGGUUAAUAUCACCGGAGGAUUAUUUUCCCUUGAAUAUUUUCAAGGUUUUAUCCAAGAGAAUACUGAAAUAUUUUGUAUUUUAGAAGUAAAAUAGGGAAAUUUUAAUUUAAA